ACAAGAGUUGCUGAAAUUCCAUAUUUCCCAGUUAAAGUUGUAAAUUGUUUCUUAUCUACAUACUUGGCUAUCUUGACAAGUUAUUCCCUAUCCUAAGUUACAAGAGAAAUGGUAGAUUUAUGGCCAAAACAAAAUGGAGUAUGUCCUUAUGAUGGCAACUACAGAAAGGCAGCUACUCAUAUUUGGUAUGCCAGAAAUCUCAAUAAUUACUUCCCAGGAAUGUUAAGAAAUUAUGCCAGCAGAUAAUUCUUGCCAAUGUAUGUGACUCUUUGGUGGGCUGACUCUUUUGGAUUGUUUACCUAUUGGAAAAUCGAUAUGUUUAGUGGAGCAGGAUCAAAUACAUGGGAAGAUUCAUUUUGCUGAAAUAUUAAUCAAUAAUACAUAAGAAUUAUACAAUAAUAUUUAUUUAGUUUAUA